AUGAACGACUCGAGCGCCAGAGAAGCAGAACACAGACAAAGCACGACAACAGACGCUGCGACACGGCGAAAUUCUGGAAUGCGCCAGGAUGUGGACGGGGUGGAAACCCUGAAGGAAGAUGGCCUAAGGACUCCGCCCUCCGAUAGCGACGACAGAGACGAGCCAGAACACCAGGCACUCGCAAAAACGAAAACGGCGCAGUCCAUAGCCGAGACACUACCAUGGUAUCGCGAGCUUCUUUUCGUUGCUUUGGUCUGCCUUGCACAGCUUUAUACCCAGGCUGGACUCGGUCAGGUCCUGUCCAUUAUCCACAUUAUCGCCGAGGAUUUCGACCUACCAGAAUCGCAGCUGCCAUGGUUCCUCGCGGGGUACAGUCUGACCGUCGGGACUUUCAUCUUAUUCUCGGGCCGUCUGGGCGACAUGUUCGGAUAUAAGACUCUGUACAUCAUCGGCAUGGCAUGGUUUUCAAUAUGGAGCCUGGUCUGUGGGCUUUCUGUGUACUCGAGCCACGUUCUCUUCGUGUUUGGCCGAGUACUCCAGGGAAUCGGCCCUGCCUUGGUGCUGCCAAACGGUCUUGCGCUUCUGGGUGCAGCUUACGAACCCGGGCUCAAGAAAUCCAUGGCAUUUGCAGCAUUCGCAGCGACUGCACCGGCUGGUUCUGUAAUCGCAGCAGCUUUUUCGGGAGCGUUCGCCCUGGCGUGGUGGCCGUGGACGUUUUGGUGCUUCUCUGUAGUCCUUGCUUUGACCACAGUUCUGGCCUACUUUGUGAUUCCCCCGGUACCAUCAUCACACAAGGAGAACCGACCGAGUACGUGGCGCGGCAAAUUGCUGCAUCUUGAUCUCCCGGGAGCCCUCACUGGAAUCGCAGGUCUUGUGUUGUUCAACUUUGCAUGGAAUCAGGCGCCACUUGUCGGCUGGGACAUGCCUUAUGUCUACGUGACGCUGAUUCUUGGUCUGAUAUUCGUGGGAGCGUUUUUCUGGAUCGAGAUCAAGCACUCUCCUGAACCUCUUGUCCCGUUCCAUGCCCUGACAUCCGACGUGUCAUUCGUCCUAGGGGCGGUUGCAUGCGGGUGGGGAUGCUUCGGUAUCUGGGUUUGGUAUACAUGGGAGUUUUUGUUGCAGCUUCGGGCAAGAUCACCAUUGGAGGCCACUGCGAAUUUCGUGCCUGUCGUUGUGUCCGGAGCCAUCGCUGCAGCAGUCGUGGGAUCUCUCCUACAUCGCAUUGGGCCACCGGUUAUCAUGACUGCAGCACUUGUUGCAUUUACUGUCGGAACAGUCCUCGUAGCAACUUGUCCUAUCGAGCAGACUUAUUGGGCUCAGACCUUCGUCUCGUUCAUCAUUACGCCUUGGGGGAUGGAUAUGAGUUUUCCAGCUGCGACCCUCAUUCUGUCAAACGCCGUGUCGCGUGAGCACCAGGGAAUUGCCGCCAGUCUUGUCAACACGGUGGUCAACUACAGUAUUGCUCUGAGUUUGGGCAUUGCAGGAACCAUAGAGUUGAACCUCAACAAUGGUGGGACAACCCAAGCAGAUAAGCUGAAGGGUUACAGGGCGGCGCUCUAUUUUGCUAUUGGGCUGGCAGUGCUGGGAAUAGUGGUCUGCAUUGCUUUUCUCAUCAAAUCUAGGAAGAGUCCCAAGAGGCCACAGGAUGAUGAAAAGGCAUAG